AUGUCCACACCAGCGCCCCAAACCCUACGCAGCCUCUACCGCUCCCUCCUCCGCGAACUCCCACCCCGAACCACCCCUCUCUCCCACACUCUACGCUCCACUUUUGCAGCCUCCUCCUCCUCCUCCACCACCUCAACCUCAACCACCACCUCUUCAUCCUCCGCAAAAACAGAACUUCAAAAGGUUCAAGAAGCAGAACAAUUAGCUCUAUAUCUCAAAGCGCAAAGAACCUAUGUCACACUGGUGGAAAGGUAUAAUCCUGGUAUGAAUAUGAAUGAGGAGGAGAGGGUGAGAUUGACGGCCAGGAGGGUGGGUAUGGAUUUACCGGUGGAUUAUGCAAAGGAGUAG